UCAGUCCACCUCCUACCUCCUGCUCUCCUCCUCCCGGUCACUCUAGUUCCCCCGCCCCGCCCUUAUAAAUCCACCCCACCCCACCGCGUCUACAGUUCCACGCACGCGUGCGCGCCGGGGCGGGCAAGCGCUAGAAAGGAAAGCCGAGGCGGCGCGGGCGAGGGGCAGCCAAGCCCACCACGACCGCCUGCCUUGCCUCUUUCGCUUUGCCAUUUUUGGCUUGUAGCUUGGUCGGGGAGAGUUCCAGGAUUGGGGCCGGUUCCGUUCCGGGAGCGGCGAGGGAAGGGAUCGAUCGGCCAGGAUGGUGCGGGGGAAGACGGAGAUGAAGCGGAUAGAGAACGCGACGAGCCGGCAGGUGACCUUCUCCAAGCGCCGCAACGGGCUGCUCAAGAAGGCGUUCGAGCUCUCUGUGCUCUGCGACGCCGAGGUCGGCCUCAUCGUCUUCUCCCCGCGCGGCAAGCUCUACGAGUUCGCCAGCGCCUCCAGCCUCCAGAAAACGAUUGACCGCUAUAAGGCAUAUACAAGGGAAAAUGUCAAUAACAAGUCUGUACAACAGGAUAUACAGCAAGUCAAAGCAGAUGCCUUAAGCUUGGCAAAUCGACUUGAAGCCCUUGAAAAGUCCAAGCGGAAGUUUUUGGGUGAAAAUUUAGAAGGUUGUUCUGUUGAAGAACUGCAUAGUUUGGAGGUUAAACUGGAGAAGAGUCUCCACGUCAUCAGAGGAAAGAAGACCCAACUGCUGGAGCAGCAGAUAGCGAAGCUGAAGGAGAAGGAGAGGACCCUGCUUAAAGACAACAAAGAGUUACGUGAAAAGCAACGCAACGUUCAGCCGCAGCCGGUGGCUCCCGCCCUGAACCCCCGCUGCCUCCCUCCGUGGCCGCGUAAUUUGCCGGCGCCGUGCAACGACAACGCGGACGUUGAGACGGAGCUGUACAUUGGAUUACCCGGCAGGGAGCGCACCUCCAACCGGGACUCAGGGUGAAGUACAUCCGGUGCAGCCGCCGGCGACGCCAGCGGCCAGCCGGUGGGGUUUUCUUGAACCCAUAGGAAUAAGCUCUGUGUAAGCACCAACAAACCCCAGUCAGAUCAGCUCAGAGGGUUUUACUUCCGUCUAUAUACAAGUUGUGUCUGGAAAAGAAAAUCAAGCAGUAUGUGUAUUGCAAAGGUGGAUGGAACCAAUUAACCUGCGAACCUGUAAGCCUUCCGAGACCUGAAAAUCCAUACAGCAUAGACCGAGUAUCUGGUUGCCUCGUAUGAAACUAGAAACACAAGCGUGGCCUUGCCGCGCCCUCUUUGGAGAGCCUGUUUAAUUAGUAUGCCAUAGUUGAGUACGGAGUACGUUUUAUGUGCCUGGAGCUCGUUUCAUUACCUGCAUAAUAGACCACAGAAUGUUCUUAUGAGUUAUGUAGAUAGUAUGACGCAAGAUGGAAUAUCAAUACCUUGGAGUUGGACAGGGGAUAGUAUCUACCAUGCUAGCACGGCUGUGCACAAAGUCUAGUGCAUGCAAUUCAAGCUGAACUAUUUUGGUGUAAUAUACUACGGCAUGGCAAACAAAAGGGCUAUGUUUUUGUUAGUAGACAAAUCAGUGAUUUCAGAUGAUGACUUCUCCAAUUCAGAGAUAGAAGUUUAGAGCUUCAGAUAUGUUAUUAAAGAUAAUAUAUUUAGUUUA